ACUGGUGCUGGGGAUCCUCGAUCAAGCGUGGUGCUCGAGCCUCGACCGAGCGCAUGAAUGAAAUGGCCAACGUGCCAUUUCGAUACGUGCAACAGCACAUGGCCGACAGCUCAUUCCUCGCUCAAUCUUCAAUGGUCGCUGAAAAUUUGCGACGGAUGGAGACGCAAGAAGAGGCAUUCAAACCUGCAUUCUCGAAUGCCUUAAAGAAAGCAGCUACUACUGCUAUUAUAGAUGUUCAGAAACGCGCACAAGCAGAAAUCGACUCAGUGGUCGGAAGAGAACGACUGCCGACGUUCGAGGACAAGGCAUCACUACCCUACAUUGAAGCAAUUGUGCGAGAGACUUUACGAUGGGAGCCCGUUGUACCCCUCGGCGUUCCGCACGCCGCUUCGAGUGAUGAUGUAUACAAUGGCUAUUUUAUUCCAAAAGGCACAAUCAUCACAUACAACACAUGGGGCAUUACACGGGAUGAAAAGCGGUACUCCGAUGCAUCUCGUUUCAUCCCAGAGAGGUUCAUCAACAACGAUGGCGGGUUGACAGAUGAUGACCCUGCACAAUACAUUUUUGGCCUUGGCCGGCGUAGAUGUCCAGGACGGUAUACCGCUGAUUCCUCCACGUGGUCUGCUAUUGUCACUAUGUUGGCCACAUUGGAUAUUUCUUCGGCCAAAGAUGAUCAGGGCAAAGCAAUCAGCUUUGCUCCCACAUUCAUAGCGGGAGUGAUUCGCUGUCCUGAGAUCUUCCCUUGCAGUAUUUCGAAACGGUCUCACAUUCAUACAGACAUUGUGGACAGUUGGCGAACUGCCGAGUAAGGUAUGGGCUUCGGUCAUUCAGCGUGUCUAAUUAUUGUGUCAAGAGUUCUGUGACGUUUGAUAUAAUAUUUGCCAUUUGCAAUAUCAAUGUUCAAG